UAUUUGCGCGUGCGCUGUACGGCCAGUCUGACCUUCAUAGAAGCGAACAUGUUUGCCAGGACCAGCGCGGCCGUGUUCCUCCCACAAUGUGGGCAGGUCAGGACCAUGGCUACCUUGAAGGACAUUACCAUCCGACUCAAGGCUGUGAAAAACAUCCAGAAAAUCACCAAAUCCAUGAAGAUGGUGGCCGCAGCCAAGUAUGCCAGGGCUGAGCGGUCCCUGAAGCCAGCCCGCGUCUAUGGCACCGGUGCUCUUGCUCUGUACGAGAAGGCAGAGAUCAAGGCACCGGAGGAGAACAACAAGCACUUGCUGAUCGGCGUGUCGUCCGACCGUGGCCUGUGCGGCGCCAUCCACACCUCCGUGGGCAAGGCCAUCAAGGCCGAUGUGGCGGCCCUGACCGCCGCCGGCAAGGAGGUCAUGGUGGUCAACAUCGGAGACAAGCUCAGGGGCCUGCUCCACAAGACCCACGGCAGCCACAUUCUGAUCAACUGCAAGGAGGUCGGCCGCAAGCCCCCCACCUUCACCGACGCCUCCAUCAUCGCCGGCGAGCUCAUCAACUGUGGAUACGAGUAUGACCAGGGCUCAAUCAUCUUCAACAAAUUCAAGUCUGUCAUUUCAUACAAGACAGAGCAUAAACCAGUCUUCUCCGUGGACGCAGUGGCCAACGCAGAGUCCAUGGGCAUCUAUGAUGACAUCGACGCGGACGUGCUGCGCAACUACCAGGAGUUUGCCCUGGUCAACCUCAUCUUCUACGGCAUGAAGGAGUCGGCAUGCAGCGAGCAGAGCGCCAGGAUGAGUUCCAUGGACGCCGCCAGCAAGAACGCUGGUGAGAUGAUUGACAAGCUGACGCUGACCUUCAACAGAACUCGCCAGGCCGUCAUCACCAAGGAGCUCAUUGAGAUCAUCUCUGGUGCUGCCGCCCUGUAAGCGGGUAACCCACCACUUCCCAUCCUCUGCGUGGUUCUGGCAGUCAUCCCUCCAGCGCUUCAGAAGAGUACAUUGGUGUCGAAUGUUUAUGGACCUGUGUGCUUCUAUUUGUAUAAUAUCUGUUAAAGUAAAUAAAUCCCCUCUUACUGAGAAAUGUCCCCUCUGGUCUGUCAUGAGAAUAUAAAACCCUCAUAUUCUCCUUUGGAAAAAAAUCAAAUGAAAUGUUUUAUCACCACCACACAAGAGAACAUAGUGUGUGUCAAAUUAAACAAAAAUAUUUCAAUUGGG